AUGCCUACACCGUCCAGCAACCCUCCCCCUGAACUCCCACCGCGAUCCCACAGCUCAUCAUGUCCCGACGAGGUUCGGAACCCGAGCAGCUGGCGGCCGGAUCAAGACGCGCUGGAGACGGAUGUCGACGGCAACGAGAUGACAUCCCCUGAACCUGUUAGCGCGCCACCCUCCGAAAUGGUGGAAGGCACGACCGACUCGCGAUCGGCCUCAGAGUCGCCGAGACCAGAUUCGAGAAGCGACACCGAAGCCACGACCACAGAACAUAUCGAUUCUUCUACACCAUCAUACAAGCCGACCGACAUCGACGACGACGAUGGACUGGCCAGAGAACGGUUAGGCGACACCCACACGUCUUCCACACAACGGCAUAGCGCUGGCUACGAUAUCAUGUCGGCCACUGGCGCAGACAACGACAAGAUGGAAGACUGCGUAAUGCCGGGUAGAAGCCCAGAUGACAGCUAUGCGCCCUCGAUGGGAUACAAGUUUUCUAACGUCCGGAUAAUGCCUACAUCGUCCUCAUCCUACCUACGGCCAGGAAGCAGGUUCCAUGGCACGCAACAAUCAGAACGACAGGUCUACGACGUACAGGUCGAGAUCAAGUAUGUCGACUUGAGAGAGUCGUUCCUGUGCGGUUAUCUCAAGAUCAAGGGACUGACACCAGACAACCCUACACUUACGACAUACUUCGAAAGCGAGAUUAUCGGUAGCAAGUACGGUUUCAUCACGAAACACGACGACUGGGGCGCGUCUGAAAAGAUUGAUCUGAACCACUGGGGCAAGUUCUCGGCCUUUCGACAGUAUAAGAACCAGUUGCGUAAGGGGCCUGUGAGCAUACCGAACCUGGCCCAGCGGGAGAACAUCUUCAUGCGGUGGAAGGAGCAUUUCCUCGUGCCCGAUCAUCGUGUUACUACCAUCAAUGGGGCGAGCUUCGAGGGCUUCUACUACAUCUGCUUUAACCAGAAGGAGGGCAGUGUCAACGGCAUCUAUUUCCACUCCAAGAGCGAGAAGUUCCAGCAAUUGGAACUCAAACACGUCGAAGACCGGGGCUGCUUCAGCGCUAUCGAAUUUCGAUGA